AUGGAUCGUCGCACGAGCUCUUUCUUCGCUCAGAAAGAGCAGAUAGGCACCGGAGGAGGUCAAGGUGUGGCCAGUUCCACGUCAUCAACCAUGAACAAGACCUCCUCCUCCGCAGCAGCAGCGCCAGCUCCCUAUGCACGUACCAGUUACGAUGUCCGACUCCAAUCGGCGCGUGACGCUGUGACCGGAGGACGCGUGGCUCCGAGACCCAGUACCAACACGGCAAGCGGAGGUGGGAGUAGUAGCAGCACAGCCCCUGCCCCCGCUGGUGGCCGAAGAGUAACAGCUGCUGUGUCGCUAUUGGAACAACAUAAGGCAGGUGGAACUGGAAAUAAUCAACAACAACAACAACGCAUCCUCCAAGGAGCAACUUCUUUUUCUUCUUCAACAAGUAAUCCUGAUGCUUCUAAUGGAGGUGCAAGCAAUGGUCUCUUCCGUAGUCGUUCUUCCUCCCGACUACUCGAAAGCGCCACAUUUGAAGCAGAACGGGUCGAAAAAUUAGCAGAAAGACAAGUCGUGAAUCAUCACGACUAUGGUGUUAAAGCUUUGUUACAAGCUUUUGCAUCUUCGUCUUCAUCUUCAUCUUCGAAUACAACGAGUGAAGAUCAUGAUGCUACUAGCACAUCUACUUCAGCAGCCCGGAAAAUUCAGCAAGCCGGUAAUCAGAUUGAGGCAAGAAUAGCUCAGAUAUCGACGGAAUUAGAGCAAACCCAGACCAGGGAUCGCGACGAACUAGGCAGUGCUAUUCGGCAAAGGAACGAAGCAAGUACAUUAAGGCUCAAUCAUUUCAUUCGUCAUACAUUGGGGUUGGUUACUGAGUGGUCACCAUUUAUUUUUAGAUUGGAGUCACCAUUUAGAUUGGAAGAGGCGACCCCUUCUUGAGGUUGAGAGAACCAACAGGGGAAAUAAACGAAGGGAAAAGGGGAGAGCUUUGAAGGUGGUCUCUUCCGUUCAACAUCAGUGACCACUGACUGCUGCCCUUUAAGUACAGCAAUCGCGCAACUUCAUGAACGCGCAGCAGCGCUGGAACACGAGAUACAUGCGGCGGAUUUGAGAGCGAAAGACGCUGGAGGAGGUAGUCGAGGUUUGAUGUAGUAUCACUUUGAUCAUCUUUGUACUUUGACUACUAGCUGCUCUUAAUGGUUUUUACCAAUGAAUUUGCACACGAAAGAACUCAUGAUAGUACUUGUUCUACUCAUGAUAGUACUACUGUAACUUGUACUAGUCUACUGCUACUCAAGCGACUUGUUCCUGCUCUGCACUUGUUACUCAACAUUCGCCCCCAUCUAUCACUUCUUAUUUUCUAUCAUUCGUACACCUGCAGCUGCCCCCACCGCCCCUCCCGACGCCCAAGCUGUCGCUGACAAACAAGAAGCUCAGCAAAGGCUGGACCAAGAACGACACAGGCUCCAAGACCAGGUCGCAGAGGAAGAAAAACGUCUCCAAGCUUUACAAAGGGAAUCUCUGGAGUUGUCAUCCCAUGAGUCAAAACUGGAGAAGACGUUUCAACAUGCAAGCUUGAAGCGAGAAGAAUUGAAGAAGAUUUUGAUGAAGCGAAAAGAGUUGCGAGAUAUGAAAGACGAAUUGGUGAAGGAGAGACAGAAGUACUUAUAUAUUAUAACUUGUUUUUGAAAUGAUCUUGUUUGUGGCUGAUCAUAUUAGCCUAAAAACUUGUAAUAGAGCUACUUGAGAAGUCCUCCACUACUUUGUUCUUGAUUAUGGUGUACCCUACAACUCAGGAGUACCUGAAACUACAACUGCACGAUUUUUCUUCACUAUGUGCACAAGAACAUCAACACUCAAGUAGCAAUUUAUUGACACGACCAGAUAUGUAGCCCAAAACCGUCACCUCGGCCUCGACGUCACCGGCUUAGACUCCAGUGGGCUGACUGUCAACUUGGCCGGCGUCCGACUCCAUGUUCCUUGGAAGAAGAAGAUUACAACUACUGCUGGUGGACCUGGUACUAAUGUUAAGGCUUCAGGUAAUCCAUCUCCAGAGGCAUCCUGGGACCUUCCUCUAAGGGAAAAGCAAGCCUAAGGGAAAAGCGACACUCAAGAUGGAUUCCAGGAAGCUCUAAUAAUGGCGUAGCUAGUGCUGGCGCAGGAGGGGAACAUGAGCAUGACGAAUUCGAGUUCGAUGUGAGGGCAGGUCGCGUCGUGUCGGAUCCAGAUGUGGGGAUCCGGGAUCUACUGACAGGCUCAGGAGAUCUGCCAAGUCUAUGUGAACAAGUGAGGCACAGGGUGUAUGUGCAGAAAGAAGGAAGGGCUUCACCGAGAAGAGGGGGGUGAAUUUGGAGGAAGGUUUUCUUGAGAAGCCGGUCUUUGUAUGACAUAUGAUGACGAACUACAAUGAUGCGUCAUCAUAUGUCAUACAGUUACAGUCUCAGAUGAUUGUACGUAGCUGCAUAAAGGAAAAAUUAUGUGAGCAACACCAGUAUGGAUAAGUAGAGCCAUUUGCUUGGCGCGACUUGGCCAGCAUUACAGUUGAUGGCUGUUUCGUGUCUUCCGCUU